AUGGAUGCCAAAAAAUUAGGAGAAGCUCUUAAAAAAAUGAAAGAAUUAGGAAUUGACCCAAAACAAAUUAUGGCUGCAACUGAAGGAGGUGGUAUUAAGGAUAUUGAAGAAGCAAAAAAUCACACUUAUGAAUUUUGGAAAACUCAACCUGUCCCAGGUUUUGAUGAAGUUGUAACUGAAAAUACAUAUAUUCAUUCAAAUGAAUAUUAUAGUAAGAAUACAAGAGUAGAACCGUUUUCUUUACCAAAAGGAUUUGAAUGGUCUGACAUUGAUAUUCAUAAUGAUGAAGAAUUAAACGAAGUUUAUACAUUAUUAAACGAAAAUUAUGUUGAGGAUGAUGAUUGUAUGUUCCGUUUUGACUAUGGACCUAACUUUCUUAAAUGGGCUUUAACACCACCAAAAUGGUUAAAAUCCUGGCACUGUGGUGUACGAGCUACCUCUAUUACUAUGAGAACAUAUGACAAAACAAAUCCAAUGGCUGAAGUUAAUUUCUUAUGUGUCCACAAGAAGUUACGUUCUAAGCGAGUUGCUCCUGUUUUAAUACGUGAAAUAACAAGACGUGUUCAUCUGGAAAAAAUUUACCAAGCUUGUUUUACAGCGGGAAUAAUCAUUCCAAAGCCAAUUGCAGCCUGUCGAUAUUGGCAUAGAUCACUUAAUCCUAAAAAACUCAUCGAUGUUGGUUUUUCACAUCUUCCAAGAAAUUCAACCAUUCAAAGACAAAUGAAACUCUAUAAAUUACCUGAAAAACCAAAAACACAAAAUAUCAAGCCUUUAGAAGAAAGACAUGUACCAUCUGCUUAUAAACUCCUUUCAAAAUAUCUAGAAAAUUUUGAUCUUGCACCGGUAAUGACUGAGGAUGAGUUUAAGCACUUCUUUACACCAGUAAAAGAUGUCAUUUACUGUUAUGUUGUUGAAGAUAAAGAUGGUAAUGUUACUGAUAUGUGUUCUUUCUACAAUCUUCCAUCUACUGUUGUUUCUCAUCCUAAGCAUAAGGAAAUUAAGGCAGCAUACAGUUUUUACAAUGUUGCUACCACUGUAUCAUAUACACAAUUAUUGAAUGAUGCACUUAUUUUUGCCUCAGAAAAUAAAUUUGAUGUAUUUAAUGCUCUUAAUGUUAUGGAUAACAGUGAAGAUGUAUUGAAAGAACUCAAGUUUGGUAUUGGAGAUGGUAAUCUUCAUUAUUAUUUAUAUAAUUGGAAAUGUCCUGAAAUGCCUUCUUCAAAAGUUGGACUUGUUUUACAAUAA